ACAGCCGCCCCCCUGUUUGGGCUGGGCACAGGGCUGCAUCCCUCCAUUCCAAAGCCCCCGCGAUGCUCCGGGCCCCGCGAGCCCUCUGCGCCCAGGCCGGGCCCUCGGCCCAGGACUGGCAGGCCCUGCGCUUCGAUGGUGGAGCCUUCCAUCUGAAGAGCACUGCGGAGCUGGCGCGGGCCUUGCUGGUGCUGCGGCUCUGUGCCUGGCCCCCUCUGGUCACCCAUGGGCUGGCGCUCCAGGCCUGGGCUCAGCGGCUGCUGGGGUCCCGGCUGUCGGGCGCCCUGCUGAGGACGUCCAUCUACGGGCAGUUUGUGGCGGGGGAGUCGGUGGAGGAGGUGCGGGGCUGCGUGCGGCAGCUGCGGGCCCUGGGCAUCCGCUCCCUGCUGGCGGUGCCCACCGAGGAGGAGCCGGACUCGGCUGCCAAGACUGGCGAGACCUGGUACGAGGCCAACCUCCACGCCAUGCUCCGGUGCGUGGACCUGUCCCGAGGCCCGGGGGACGGCGCCCCGCCCGGGCUCAUGCAGCUCAAGGUGACGGCGCUCGCCAGCCCCCGGCUCUGCACGGAGCUAACCUCGCAGAUCAGGGGGCCGGGAGCCUGUUCCGAGCUGAGCCCCCAGAGGCUGGCCGAAGCCAUGGACUCUGGGCGGAACCUCCAGGUCUCCUCCCUCAAUGCUGAGCAAAACCAGCACCUCCAGGCCUCCCUAAGCCGCCUGCACCGGGUAGCCCAGCAUGCCCGGGCUCAGCAUGUGAGACUCCUGGUGGAUGCUGAAUAUACCUUCAUCAACCCUGCACUGUGCCUGCUCGUGUCCACCCUGGCCCUGCGCUAUAACAGGCCCCAGGAAGGCGGGCCCUGGGUGUGGAACACUUACCAGGCCUAUCUGAAGGACACUCACGUGCGGCUGGCACAGGACGCUGAGGCCGCACACAAGGCAGGUCUGGCCUUUGGUGUGAAGCUCGUGCGAGGGGCAUAUCUGGAGAAGGAGAGAGCUGUGGCUCAGCUCCAAGGGACCGAAGCUCCCACUCAGCCCGACUAUGAGGCCACCAGUCGGAGCUACAGCCGCUGUCUGGAACUGAUGCUGGGCCAGGUGGCCCUCCGAGGCCCUGCCUGUCACCUCAUGGUGGCUUCCCACAACGAAGAGUCCAUCCACCAGGCCACUAAGCGCAUGUGGCAGCUGGGCAUUCCUGUGGAUGGGCCUGUCUGUUUUGGACAACUUCUGGGCAUGUGUGACCACGUCUCCCUGGCACUGGGGCAGGCUGGAUAUGCAGUGUAUAAGUCCAUCCCAUACGGCAGCCUGGAGGAGGUGAUCCCCUACCUGAUCCGCCGGGCCCAGGAGAACCGGAGUGUGCUGUGGGGAGCUCGGAGGGAGCAGGCGCUGCUCAGCCAAGAACUGUGGCGGAGGCUACGAGGGGGAGGCCGAAGGGCACCCCGUUAGCACUGUGGGGUCACAUGGUCAAUAAAGGUCCACAGUCGGGCUGGGGAUAUAGCCUAGUGGCAAGAGUG